AUGAAGAGUCAAACAAUCCUAACAACAGUCUUGGGGACGAGUGGUGCUCUCUCACUGGCAGACCAUGGAGCUAUGAGAUUGGAUACAUGGUGCGUUACGUACCUGUCUACCUAUCUUGUUCCUGUAGUAAGUCCUGGUCAAUCAACGGGAGCAUCUAGCUCAGUACCCGUGACACAAAUAGAGUCCCAGAGCACCGUAGAGAGUGAACCAACGCAAGCCCAAUCUGGUUCAGAGACAGUGUCAUUUGAUUCCACGACCGGAACUCUGACCGAUCUAAUCACCACAUCAUCAGGAUCCAUCGUGAGCAGCGAUGCCCUCACCACCUCAACAGGCAUAAUCGAACCACCAGGCCGCUCAGUAAUCUUCCUCAUCUCCGCGCCCAACACCCGCAAACGUCAAAACACAGACAGAGGCUUCGUCGGAAAUAACAACCCGUCAAUCUGCACCUUUGCUCAAACCUUCAACCUAGCAGAAGAGCAGCUCUUCAUAGGUGGCGUACCGUUCUUCUACGACGGCGAAGACUAUAAAGAGCUUGCUGCCGGCCCUCCGCCUCCGGCAGGUGCUGUUACGAGGCUCUUUGGAACGACUGGACGGGCGCUGCAGGUGGAUCUGCCUGGUAUCACAGCAGGAUUCUGCCAGGCGAGCGAUGGGAGAGUUUAUGUGACUUUUACUAGUGGACCCGUUGGGUGUGAGGUUGUGACUUUGGAAGUUUAUGAUGAGAAACAGUGCCAGAAUGGGAGACUCGUUGGUCUUGAUACGACCACGAGCGUGAUUGAGACCGCGACUUCUGAGGCCAUCAGCUCUGAAAGCGCUACCAGUGUCGAAAGUUCUGCGACGACAGAGACCACAUCAAGCUCUGUCAGCAUCGCUGCGUCAAGCAGCGUCGCUCAAACCCAGUCUGUCGAGCCAGUUUCACAAACAACCGAAUCCGAGGCAUCGACGGCAGCUUCUUCCAGUGCGGUCGAGUCUAUCCCAAUCAGCUCAACAACCAGCAUCGCCGCGUCGGAAGCCUCUACGCAGUCCCCAGCCUCAUCAUCAGCUCUUGAUGAAACCACCACUGAUGAGGUAUUCCCAACCAGUGCGCCUUCGCCCAUAGGCACAUCUUCUGAGGCAGAAGACUCAACUUCAAUGGCGCCAUCAUCACAGGCUUCAUCAGAGACAACAGAGGCUGCUGAAAGUAGCUCUGAGGAGAGUACCUCGCCUGCCGCGCCUGAAACUACCACUGAAGCUGGACAGCUCUCUACAGAGACCACCACCGCCGUGGAAGAGAUCACGUCUAACGAAACGGUUAUUGAGAGCGAGACUACAACCGCUGAGCCUGUAACUACGACAGAAGAUAUAACGACUGCCAUUCUUACUACUCAAGAGAGCUCAACUGAAGCUACAACUGCUGAAGAGACAACCACAGAAGACCUUACAACUAUAGAGACAACAAUCGACCCAACGACAACAACUUCCGCAGCCUAG